AGUGCACGCCCCUGUGUUCCUAAUAGAUUUGGAAAAUCCCUUAGACAACUUCAGCAAAUCUUUAUGUAAUCCCCUCUAUAUAUGUACAUAUAUACAUAUAUUUAUACAUGUAUAUUAUAUAUGUGUGUAGUGUGUAUAUGUAUAUAUAGUCAGGCACACAUAUCCCUACAGAUACACUGGUGCCUACAGCCCUGUGGAAAUGCCUGCACUGACAAACUCGGCCCACUGCCGGGCCGCUCUCCUUUUCUUUCAUUUGGUGUGAAAUGAUCUUGAGGCAGUUUUGUGUCCAGGGUCUGGUGCAGCCUCGGCACUGAUUCCUGCAGCCUCCCUUUCUCUCCCCCCUCCUCUCUCUCUCUCCCCUUUCUCCUUUGUGGUCCACUCUCCGGUCUUUGGAGGCUGCAGGCCUAAAUGACCUUUACGAUUUGGUGAAACGCACUUGCCGACACUCCCUCACAUUUUGCUGAGAGUCAUCAAUUAUGCAGGGAAGCUGAGGGGGGAGAUAGCAGCAACAAUAUGGCGACAACCGCAGUUUCUCCCCAAUCUGCUCCACAUCUGCAGUCCUGCCAGUCGGCUCUGGAUUCCUUCUAACGCUUGCAAAGUGAGUAUUCCUGCUUUUUGGCAUCGUGUGACAGCGAUCUGCGCGUGUUGUUGGGUGAGGGGAGGUUUUCUUUGCGUCCGUUUCCUUGCGUUAAUGUCGCAGAGCUGCACACCGCUGCCACCUUUUUUUUGGAGCGGGAUGGAAGAGGGUGUCUGCCGUUGCUGAGCAUCUGUCAGCUGGACUGGAGCCGAGGAAACCCGAUUUAUCAGUCGUUUCACAUCCAUGGCUCGGGAUUGACGCUGGAUUUACCUUUUUUUUCGUGAAAAUGUCAGAGGCAGGGAUCUGAUCUUUGCGGGAGAAAAUGCGCCUCGAAUAGGUUAGGCUUCAGGUAGGGCGCCGUCUGACUGAACCGGCCACAGAAUAAGACACAAAAACCAAACUUUUUUUUUUAUCUUAUGUUUUAUGUUUCAGUCUCUGUUUUGGGUUUUUUAUACCGAUCACUGACAGGACGAUGUGUUGGGCAAAGAUGCUGAUCCUAUAGCUGCUAACGUGGAUGGUACAAACCUAAAGACCUAAAGUAGCUGCAGGAUGAAAACAUGGCUGCACCCCUUCUUGCACCGCCAGGACCUGAUAGCUUCAAGAAGUUUAAUGUGGAAUCUUUGGUGGCUCUUGAGCAGCGCAUCAAUGAAGAGAAGAAGAGGAAGCCGCCCAAGCAGGACAGCAGCUACCGCGACGAUGAUGACGAGAACAAGCCCAGGCCCAACAGCGAUCUGGAGGCUGGGAAGAGUCUGCCCUACAUCUACGGGGACACCCCUCGAGGAAUGGUGGCGGUACCACUGGAGGAUCUGGACCCAUACUACCUGAACACUCAAAAAACAUUUAUAGUGCUAAACAAAGGGAAGACAAUCUUCCGUUUUAGUGCCACACCUGCCUUGUACUUCAUAAGUCCUUUUAAUCCAGUUAGGCGAAUAGCUAUUAAAAUUUUGAUACAUUCAUAUCCUUUCACCCAGUGUUGUUAAACUGUGACUGUCGCUGCAGAAAAAGCUACAGAUCCUCACUUUUAUACAGUCAGGAUGGUGAUGGUGGGGGGGGAGGGGUUAGUGGAGGUACCUUACAUGGAAGAGCAGACAGGAAGUCCAGCAGCGGCCAUUUUCUCAUUUAAUCCAAGUAAUGGCUUACACAAAUGAGUCAUCCUAAUCAGUGAAUGAGACCUCCUCCAAAAGUCCAUUAUGGUUGACCACUGAAACGUCCAACGGACUCCGACACACAGCUGACUAAAAUGACUGAGCUGGUCAGGACUUAGCACAGGCUAAAACUGUGAACCUCAGUCUAAUUUUAAAGCAAACAAAUCCCUACAACAGCCAUUACUGUCAUUAGUGAUCCUGUUUAGAGGAAAAUGAAAGGGAAAUUCAAGAAAAGGCGAGGUCAUGUGCAGUGUCCACAGAUUUUACAGACCUAGCAACUGUAGAUGUUUAAAACUUUGUGAUGUUUGUGAUUACUCAUGUUACACACAUUUUCCUUAACCUGCUGCUUCACUCUUUUCAGCAUGAUCAUUAUGUGUACUAUCUUGACCAACUGUAUAUUCAUGACCUUUAGUGAUCCUCCCGAGUGGUCGAAACAAGUAGAGUACACAUUCACAGGAAUUUAUACGUUUGAGUCUCUUGUAAAAAUCACGGCGCGAGGAUUCUGUAUAGACGAUUUUACAUUCCUUAGAGAUCCAUGGAACUGGCUGGAUUUCAUGGUCAUUUCCAUGGCGUAUAUAACAGAGUUUGUAAACCUAGGCAAUGUCUCAGCUCUGCGAACGUUCAGGGUGUUGAGGGCAUUGAAAACAAUUUCUGUAAUUCCAGGCCUGAAGACCAUCGUUGGCGCCCUGAUCCAGUCUGUGAAGAAGCUCUCGGAUGUGAUGAUCCUCACCGUCUUCUGCCUGAGCGUCUUCGCCCUCAUCGGCCUCCAACUCUUCAUGGGCAACCUGCGCCACAAGUGUGUGUUCUGGCCCAUCAACAUCACCGAGUCCAGUCUGGCCAACGGCAGCAAGGGCUUCGACUGGAACGAGUACAUCAUGAACAAGGAAAACUUUUACUUCCUGCCUGGCCAGGUCGAUGCUCUUCUCUGUGGGAACAGCUCUGACUCUGGCCGCUGUCCUGAAGGCUACACCUGCAUGAAAGCUGGGAGGAAUCCAAACUACGGCUACACCAGCUUUGACAGCUUCGGCUGGGCCUUCCUGGCUCUCUUCCGACUCAUGACACAGGACUUCUGGGAAAACCUUUACAUGCUGACCCUCAGGGCAGCUGGAAAGACCUACAUGAUCUUCUUUGUUCUGGUGAUCUUCGUGGGUUCUUUCUACCUGGUCAAUCUGAUCCUGGCUGUGGUAGCCAUGGCUUAUGAGGAGCAGAACCAAGCCACAAUGGAGGAGGCCGCUCAGAAGGAGGAGGAGUUCAAGGCUAUGCUGGAGCAGCUUAAAAAACAACAGGAAGACGCCCAGACCGCCGCCAUGGCCACCUCUGCGGGAACCGUGUCGGAAGACGCCGCGGAGGAUGAAGGAGGAGGACGUCUCUCGUGCAGUUCGUCCGAGAUGUCCAAACUGAGCUCCAAGAGUGCCAAAGAGCGGCGCAACCGUAAGAAGAAGUGGCGGCAGAAAGAGCAGGAGAAGGAGAAAGGUGACAGCGAGAAGUUUGUCAAGUCGGAGUCUGACGACGGCAGCAAGAGGAGCCGGUUCCGUUUCCCUGACAACCGUCUGGGUCGAAAGUCUUCCAUCAUGAACCAGUCCCUCCUCAGUAUUCCCGGCUCGCCAUUCCUCUCCCGCCAUAACAGUAAAAGCAGCAUCUUCAGCUUCAAAGGCCGUAAGGACAUGGGUUCAGAGAACGAAUUUGCCGACGAUGAGCACAGCACCGUCGAGGAGUGCGAGGAGCGCCGAGGCUCCCUGUUCAGCCCGUACCGGCGGAGGAGCUACAGCGGCUACCACGGCAAGAGGAACAGCACGGUGGAUUGCAAUGGCGUGGUGUCCCUCAUCGGCCCCGGGCCCGGUGGACGCCUUCUGCCUGAGCCGACUACUGAGGUUGAGGUGAAGAAGAAGCUGUCGGGCUCCCUGAUGGUGUCUGUGGACCAGCUCAAUACCUCCUUUGGGCGGAAAGAGCGGGCCAACAGUGUCAUGAGCGUCAUUACCAACACACUAGUGGAGGAACUGGAGGAGUCUCAGCGAAAGUGUCCGCCAUGCUGGUAUAAUUUUGCUAACACAUACCUGAUCUGGGAGUGCAGCCCUCAGUGGAUUAAGAUCAAGGAGAUAGUGAACCUGAUAGUCAUGGAUCCCUUCGUGGAUUUGGCCAUCACCAUCUGCAUUGUGCUCAACACUCUGUUCAUGGCCAUGGAGCACUACCCCAUGACCACUGACUUUGAGGAUAUGCUGUCUGUAGGAAAUCUGGUGUUCACGGGGAUCUUUGCAGGGGAAAUGCUUUUCAAGCUGGUGGCCAUGGAUCCUUACUACUACUUCCAGGAAGCCUGGAACUGUUUUGAUGGCUUCAUUGUGACGCUGAGUUUAGUGGAGCUGGCUCUGGCUGAUGUCGAAGGCCUGUCUGUGUUGCGGUCAUUCCGUUUGCUGAGAGUCUUCAAGUUGGCCAAGUCGUGGCCCACUCUGAACAUGCUGAUCAAGAUCAUCGGGAACUCUGUGGGCGCCCUGGGAAACCUGACUCUGGUGCUGGCCAUUAUUGUCUUCAUCUUCGCUGUGGUGGGCAUGCAGCUGUUUGGAAAGAGCUACAAGGACUGUGUGUGUAAGAUCGCCAUCGACUGCGAACUCCCCCGUUGGCACAUGAACGACUUUUUCCACUCGUUCCUCAUCGUCUUCCGGGUGCUGUGCGGCGAGUGGAUCGAGACCAUGUGGGACUGCAUGGAGGUGGCGGGUCAGGGCAUGUGUCUCAUCGUCUUCAUGAUGGUCAUGGUCAUCGGCAACUUGGUGGUGUUGAACCUGUUCCUUGCCUUGCUGCUGAGCUCAUUCAGUGCUGACAACUUGGCGGCGACAGACGAUGACGGCGAGCCCAACAACCUGCAGAUUUCUGUCAUGCGCAUCAAGAAAGGCGUCGCGUGGAUCAAAGUCAAGGUGAGGAUACUGGUGGCCAGCCUGCUGAAGAAGCCGCCCAUGGAGGACGAACAGAAGCCGCUGGACGACAUGUACGACAAGAAACUGAACUGCAUCGCUAAUCACACGGGGGUGGACAUCAACCGCGAUCUGGACUACGCCAAGAACGGUAACGGCACCACCAGCGGCAUCGGCAGCAGCGUGGGGAAGUACAUGAUCGACGAGGACCACAUGUCGUUCAUCCACAACCCCAACCUGACCGUGUGCGUGCCCAUAGCCGUGGGAGAGUCCGACUUUGAGAAUCUCAACACAGAGGACUUCAGCAGUGAGUCGGACAACGAGAACAGCAAAGAGCUGGAUGACACCAGCUCAUCAGAGGGCAGCACCAUCGACAUUAAACCAGAUGUUGAGGAGGUGGUGGUGGUUGAGCCGGUGGAGGAGUACAUGGAACCAGAGUCCUGCUGGACAGAUGCUUGUGUGGCCAAAUACAAAUGCUGUGACGUGGACAUCACUCUGGGCUGGGGGAAGAGCUGGUGGUUCCUGAGAAAAACCUGCUAUCUGAUUGUGGAGCACAACUGGUUUGAGACACUGAUUAUCUUCAUGAUCCUCCUCAGCAGUGGUGCCCUGGCCUUUGAGGACGUGUACAUCGAGCAGAGGAAGACCAUUCGGAUCAUUUUGGAGUACGCUGACAGGGUUUUUACCUACAUUUUCAUCCUGGAAAUGUUGCUUAAAUGGGUUGCCUAUGGUUUUGUGAAAUACUUCACUAACGCUUGGUGCUGGCUGGACUUCUUCAUCGUGGACGUGUCUAUAGUCAGCCUUGUAGCUAAUGCGCUGGGCUACUCCGAUCUAGGGCCCAUUAAAUCACUCAGGACACUAAGGGCCUUGAGACCCCUCAGAGCCUUGUCACGUUUUGAAGGGAUGAGGGUGGUAGUCAACGCCUUGGUGGGUGCCAUCCCUUCCAUUAUGAAUGUGUUGCUGGUUUGCCUCAUCUUUUGGCUGAUUUUCAGUAUCAUGGGUGUCAACCUUUUUGCCGGCAAGUACUACUAUUGUUUCAAUGAAACCGCCGAGCAGUACUUUCCCUUGGACAAGGUCAACAACAAGACGGAGUGUGUGGCCCUCAUGAACGACAACCACACCGAAGUCAGGUGGAAGAAUGUCAAAAUCAACUUUGACAAUGUGGGCGCCGGCUACCUUGCUCUGCUGCAAGUGGCCACAUUCAAAGGCUGGAUGGACAUUAUGUACGCUGCUGUGGAUUCCAGAGAGGUGGAAGACCAACCAGACUAUGAAGUCAACAUCUACAUGUACAUCUACUUUGUAAUAUUUAUCAUCUUCGGGUCCUUCUUCACACUGAACCUCUUUAUUGGUGUCAUCAUUGACAACUUCAACCAGCAGAAGAAAAAGUUUGGAGGUCAGGACAUCUUCAUGACAGAAGAACAGAAGAAAUACUACAAUGCAAUGAAAAAACUGGGAUCUAAAAAACCACAGAAACCUAUUCCUCGACCGCAGAACAAGAUCCAGGGAAUGGUGUUUGACUUUGUGACUCAGCAGGUUUUCGACAUCUCCAUCAUGAUUUUGAUUUGCCUCAACAUGGUCACCAUGAUGGUGGAAACAGACGAUCAGUCCAACGAAACUGAGGUCGUCCUGUACUGGGUCAACUUCAUCUUCAUCGUAGUGUUCACUACGGAGUUCCUGCUUAAGCUCUUUGCACUUCGUCACUAUUACUUCACCAAUGGCUGGAAUAUCUUUGACGUGGUCGUGGUCAUUCUGUCCAUCGUUGGUAUGUUCUUGGCUGACCUCAUUGAGAAGUACUUUGUGUCGCCCACCCUCUUCAGGGUGAUCAGGUUGGCUCGUAUCGGUCGUAUUCUCCGUCUCAUCAAAGGAGCUAAAGGCAUACGAACGCUCCUCUUUGCACUAAUGAUGUCACUGCCAGCCCUGUUCAACAUUGGUCUUCUGCUCUUCCUGGUCAUGUUCAUCUUCUCCAUCUUUGGCAUGUCUAACUUUGGCUACGUAAAGCACGGAGCAGGCAUUGACGACUUGUACAACUUUGAGACUUUUGGAAACAGCAUGAUCAUCCUCUUCAUGAUAACAACGUCAGCUGGAUGGGAUGGCCUGCUGCUGCCGAUCCUCAACUACCCACCAGACUGUGACCCCAACCUGGAGAACCCUGGUACAUCCGUGAAGGGAGACUGUGGAAACCCCUCAGUGGGAAUCUUCUUUUUUGUCAUGUAUAUCAUCAUUUCUUUCCUGAUUGUGGUCAACAUGUACAUUGCCAUCAUCUUGGAGAACUUCAGUGUGGCCACAGAGGAAAGUGCUGAUCCACUCAGUGAGGAUGACUUUGAGACCUUCUAUGAGAUUUGGGAGAAGUUUGACCCCACUGCCUCUCAGUUCAUCACCUUUGCCAAGCUGUCUGACUUUGCCGAUGCAUUGGAGCACCCACUUCGCGUGCCAAAGCCCAACACUAUAGAGCUCAUAGCCAUGGACAUGCCUAUGGUGAGUGGCGACCGCAUUCACUGCCUGGACAUCCUGUUUGCAUUCACCAAGCGUGUGCUGGGUGACAGUGGUGAGCUGGACAUGCUGAGGCAGCAGAUGGAGGAGCGAUUUGUGGCUGCCAACCCCUCCAAGGUUUCGUACGAACCCAUCACCACCACUCUCCGCCGCAAACAGGAGGAUGUCUCUGCCAGAAUUAUUCAGAACGCCUUUCGUGCUCACCUCAUCAGGCGCGGGAUCAUCUUCAAGCGCCACACUUUUACUAACAAUAAGCUCGAGAAUGGUGGGACCAACCAGGAGAAGAAGGAGAGCACACCCUCCACUGCCUCUCUGCCAUCGUACGACAGUGUGACCAAACCCGACAAGGAGAAACAGGAUGAUAACAAGGAGGAGUUUGCCAGGAAAGAGAAGGACAAAAACCAAAAAGAUGAGUGGGAAUCCAAGUGUUAGGGUUUAGUGACUCAAAUGUAAUAAAAACAGAGCAAAAUGAGACUCUGAGCCCAAACCCAACAAAUGUAGAAAAAGUGAUCAUUUGCAAGCAAGAAAAAAAACAAAACAACAAAAACAUAGACAAAAUGUUUACAGACUUGAAAACUGCUGGGGCAGCGUGGUCUCUGAAGUCAUCAAGGAUAGCUGAACCAAACGCAAUCAGUUUACCGUGGAACUUUUGCUGCAUAGCGACCAAGUUCAGAGAAAUGAGGAACAAACAUAAAGUGAAAAAAAAACAGUGACUAACGAAGUGUGCUGGCCAAUCACUCACAAUUCUUUGGGGACCAACUGCCAAGGCACAGAAGUCUCUGCCAGAUAAUUGGAGAAAUGCAAAAUCCCUGCCACCACCCAGUGUGGAUCCCCACAGCAGAGCUCUAAUGCUAUGGGACCGGAUCUCAGAGAUCCUGUUAGAACUGUGUUAGCAGUCUAAAUGAGGGUCUGAAACGCUGAGUUUACCAAGACAAUGAUAAUGAAACACACGUUUAGCUAGGAAUGAAACACUUGCAAGGAAGUGGGGGAAGGAGGGAACCCAGAACUGCAAACAAAUGUUUUUGGUUUUUUUUGGUUGUCUGUGCUGAGUAUAUUUGCAUCGAAACAUUAUUUGAGCAGCAAAAAAAAAAAAAAAAAAAGAAAGAAAAAUAUUACAUUUAGCCCAUGUCACUAGUCUUUUCAUCUCCUCUUUGUUAAACUGACACUUAGAAAAGGCAUUCUCUACAUGGGCUUUCACACUGACCAGGAUUGGGGUCAUUAGUCAUUGAUUUGACUUGGGCUGAAGGAGACUUGCUCAGACCGAGUUCCAGAUAACUAAUAAUUAUUGUGCUCGUUCAAUGCAUAGAAAUGACUUGCAUGAAGGCAUGUUUUGAUCAGGAAUCAUGCAUGAGUUAAUCAUAGUCCACAAGACACUUAAAUCUCAGGCCACUGCAGUGGUCUGGAUAGAAGGUUGAGGCUGUCCAACGGGAAAAUACAAGAGAUGAAGAUUUUGAAAAUACAUGCAUUUAGAAUAUGGAAGGGACUGAUAUUUGUGUGAUUCCAACCUUAGUAGUACUUUUUUCAACUGAUUUGGGGUUUUUAUUCAUCCCUUCAUUAAAUGUUCAGCUGAUGGAAGGAGGUAAGAACUCAGAGGUGAUGAUGCUGAUCAGAAUCAGACAGAUAGACACAGUUUUCCUGCUGCUGUUGGUGGGUUGUUGGAGUGUGUGAUUGUUAGGAAGGAAUCAAGAUAUUUUUUAUGUUGAUGAUGCACCAAUUUUAUGGGGCCAGGUUAAGGUCUAUAAAAAAUCUUCGAGGUUGCCAUUUUAUUAUUUAUUUACAUCCAUUAUAAAGUCACUUUUCUUACCAGAACCCUUGGCCAGGAGAACAGGUGAUGUUUCACGCCAAGGAACCUAUAGAUGGCACCAUUCCAGCUCUGAUGUGGUCAAUAGAUUUUUCACCUGCUGCCAAAUUCCCUGGAAAUGGGAUAUGAAUAGUUUUUGUAUUUUUUGCUAUUCGGUUUGGGCUGGUGGAAGAACAGACUGUAGUUGUAGAGAUUUAAUUCAAACACUUCCUGUUUGGUACUGUAUCAAAUCCAUAUCAAAAUUUUAACAGUGAUUGAUGUCUCAGAUGGAGCUUUCUGAAUGGCCAGCUUUUCUCCAGAUGAAGGGAGUGAUAUUACAAUCUCAGAUAAGGUGUUGAACAGUGAGGAUGGUGCUGACCAUCUAGAAACAAAGGAGCUAGCAUAGAAUUAUCACCAGGACAUGCCUUGUCGUGCCUAGCUAGUUUGAAAGAUGGACGGCCAUGAAGGACUUGCGUGUCCACGGAAACGUAUUGAUUUUUUUGUCUGAUGUCAGAGGGAGGUGAACAGCUGAUAAAUAACAGUACGACCGGACCAAUACAUAGGUGGCGCCCCUCCCUUCAGGGUUUUAGACCGACUGCCAUAAAGAACAAGAAGGAAACUCAAGCGAAGAGAGGAGCAGUGAUUUGGUCUGAGUCAGAGUGCUGAAAGUCCCAUGUUUGUCAGUGUAUCAUUGUGCUUUUGUGGGACCUCGCGAACACUGUGUGGUGUUGGACCCAGACUUGCACCGUCUUCUCACUUUCUUGCAGGCUUUCAAAGGCUUUCACCCGCUUUAGAGAUAUUCAGAGAUGGAGGUAUAGAAGCCUAACACUCGCCGUGAUAAAACAUCAGCAGGCCUCGCAUCGAUGCAGCUACGUUGUAUUAUAAGCUUUGUGGGUGUUUUUCAUGAUACAAGAACAACACACAACCUGAGGCUUUUUUUUCAAUGGUCCACUAGACACAACUGCCUCCUCGCCAUGUUCCUGCCACUUUUUUUCUACACAGGAGUGAUGGUCCUACUGAUAAGUGGACAUCCAGGUAUAAAUCUGGUGUCCAUCGCCGCACCAUUGAUGCUGUUUGGUGUGUUUAACACUGCCUGUACCAGAAGCCCCUGUCUGUACGAAUACCUGAGGUCUGUUUACAAUAUGAGGUCUCUGAAUCAGUUUGGCUGCUGCACACUGAAACCAAAUACAUUCCCAAUGAGAUCUACUGGAAGAGUGAGUAAUGUCAUUCGAUCUACCCAUGUUCAUUCUCGAUGUAAUGUUUUAGAAUGAUACAUUCACACUUGUAAAAGGAGAAAAAAGAAAAAAAAAACAACAAAAAAGAAUACACAAAAACCUAUAUAUGUACAGUGCAGGCUAUGAUGUAAAUGGCACAAUGCUGAAAAAGAACGAACUUUUUGAGAGAAAACUAUAAAUAUUGUAUCAUAUUUUAUUUUAUCGGCAUGCUUUGUUGUGUUUUUUUGUAAAUACGGAAUUUUAAAAAAAUGUUACUACUAAUAAUCAAAAAAUAAAUAACAAUAAUAUAGAAUGGCUUCCAGCUAUGCCCUUCGUCACAUUUGUUACCUUUUGGAUUUUUUGAGACACUUUUCACUUUGUUGACGGAAAUUGAACGAUAUAUAGAUAUUAUAUAAUACAAAAAGAUAUAUACAUGUAUACAUAUGUGUCUAUAUGUAUAUACAUAAAACAGAUGAACACUGUUUGUCACAUUUGAUUUAUGUGCAACACGUUCAGUGGAUGUCUAAACCUUUCCAGCACCCUUCUGUGUUUGGGGGAUAGCUCAUGUUGGAUUUUACUGGAGCUGCUUGCCAUGGAUUGUAGCCUGAUUAUGACAAAAGGAUCAUGUUACCAGCACAUUUCUCACCUACUGUCAAAACCUCACCGCCACUGAAUAUACAGGACACAGCCUCUCACACACACUCACAUGCACAGGUACACACAAAUGUUUAAAAACACUAUUCUCUGACUGCCUCAUUCCCCCUCAGAGUGUUCGUUCCCCACGUCCUUUUCUUCUUCUUACACACACACACACCCACACACACAUCAGUGCCAUUACUACUUCACAUUCGUCUGAUCAUGUCCGGCUUCUCAUCCUAUUAUUUCUUU